AUGGAUGGAUCUACCGGGUUCACUUGUGUCACUUGCCGUGUCGUUUUCGAGACAGCCGAGUUGCAGAGAGAUCACUACAAAACUGAAUGGCAUCGGUAUAAUCUCAAAAGACAAGCUGCAGAAUUACCAGCCAUUGGAUUCGAGUUAUUCAGUGAAAAGGCCGCGUCGUUCAAUCCAACAAUGCCAGCUGUUGCCCCAGAAGUCGAACCAUUGUACUGCAAAGCAUGCAAAAAGUCUAUAAAAUCUGAAAAUGCUAUGACAGAUCACGUGGCCAGCAAGAAGCACAAAGAUAAUGAGAAAAAGAGUCAGGAAGCAGUGAAAAAAGGUCCGAAGCAACCAAGAAAGAAGCCAGAGAACAUGCCGAAGAAGGAAGAGUCCGUCAAAGAGAACGAGAAUGAAGAGGAAGAUGAUGAUGAUUCGAGUGGGUGGGAGACAGAUGAAGGAGAGGAAGGAAUCGAGGAAUUGAACGACGAUGACGCUCUUCCAGUCACUUCAUGUCUUUUCUGCCCACAAACCAAACCUACCAUGGAAGAGACGCGUAAACACAUGAGCUUUCAUCAUGGAUUCCAACUUCCAGACAGACAAUAUUUGGUUGAUGAACUCGGAUGUCUCAACUACUUGGGUCUCAAAAUUGGGGCUGGACGUACUUGUAUCUUUUGCCCAGAUACUAAGGGAAGAUAUGAAACGAUUCAGAGUUGUCAACAACACAUGAGAGACAAAGAACAUUGCAAGCUUCGUAGAGACCCACAGAGUAUGAUUGAACUGGAUGAUUACUAUGACUACAGUCCAAUGUACGAAGGAGACGACGACGAGAAGAAUGAUUCUGAAUUGUUUGAUGACGGAUGGUCUCUCACUCUUCCAUCUGGAGCCAAAAUCGGUCACAGGCAACUUCAUCGUUACUUCAAGCAAUACCUUCGACCAGUUGAUGGAACACAGAGACUUGUUUCGAAAGCAGCUAUCGAUAAAGCAAGAGGAUUUUAUCCAGCCCUUGCUUGGACUGGAACAACUACUGUCGAAGCGAAGAAGGUUGCCCGCGAUAUGAAGUUUGUUGAGCGUUUCCGUCGCCGUUGUGAACUUCGCAGAGCCGUCAAAUCGAAUAAGCUAUUCAAAACGAAUGGAUUCGUUGGAGACAAUCAUUGA